AUGUUGGUCUCGGCGCUGUUCGCGGGGCAGCACACCAGCUCCAGCACGGGCACGUGGACCGGGGCGCGCCUCCUCGCGGACGACAACGCCGCGCACCUUCGCGCCGCCGUCCGGGAGCAGCAGCGGAUCAUGGCGAGGCACGGGGGCCGCGUCGACUACGAGGUACUCCAAGAGAUGGAGGCCCUCCACCGCUGCGUCAAGGAGACGCUGCGGCUGCACCCGCCGACGAUGGUGCUGCUGCGCCACGCGCACCGGAGCUUCGUCGUGCGAAACAGGGAGGGAGAGGAGUACGAGGUCCCCGAGGGCUGCACGGUGGCGAGCCAGAGUUCUCGUUGGCGGACGGGCGGAGCGGCGUCUCGUCGAACACCUUGCGGGCAGUGGGCACGGCGGUAG